UUCAACAUGGCUUGUUAGGGGAGGCAAUCAAUUAUGACUUGUUUGUUGUUUUAAACAAUUUUAGAUGUCGAAUAUAAAUUUUUUUCUGCUGUGAUUAUUCCAAUUUUAUUUUUUGUUUCAUCAAUGGCUUUCAGUUUUGUGUAUUGACUUCGUUUUUUACGUUACCGCUCCGCGCAGGUGAGGUGUUAUGCUUAUACCAAAUUGGAAAAAGAUGAAUGAAUAAAUAGAUACCUGGAUAAUUUAUACUACAACAAUGAACGGAUAUUUUUUUCUCGUGGUUUUGAAGUAAUAAUGCUGAAUUCAAUAUGAAGGAGAUGGUAGGAGGAUGCUGUGUAUGCUCUGACGAGCGUGGUUGGCCAGACAACCCGCUAGUCUAUUGUGAUGGAAAUGGGUGCACUGUUGCAGUCCAUCAAGCCUGUUAUGGGAUAAUUGCAGUUCCCACAGGACCCUGGUUCUGCAGGAAGUGUGAAAGUCCCGAAACUAAAGGCAAAGUCAGAUGCGAGCUUUGUCCAUCCAAGUCGGGUGCUCUGAAGAGGACAGAUACUGGUGGAUGGGCUCAUGUUGUAUGUGCUUUAUACAUACCUGAAGUAAGAUUUGGCAAUGUAACAUCUAUGGAGCCAAUUGUAUUGCGGUUAAUACCUCCAGAGCGUUAUAACAAGACUUGCUAUAUCUGUCAAGAUUUGGGAAAGACACAUCGUGCAAAUGCCGGUGCAUGUAUGCAGUGCAACAAAUCUGGAUGUCGACAACAGUUUCACGUGACAUGCGCCCAGGCUCUGGGUCUUUUGUGUGAAGAGGCUGGUAAUUAUCUGGACAACGUGAAGUAUUGUGGAUAUUGCCAACAUCAUUAUAGUAAACUGAAAAAGGGCGGUAAUGUGAAGACCAUACCGCCGUACAAGCCAGUGUCGCACGAUAGCCAGUCGAGUGACUCGAGCGGCGAGAAAGAGGGCGACGCGUCGCCUAUGGCCACUGGUAGCGGCACUCCCACGCACACUGCCAAGUCGAAAGGGCCCGGACGGAAGACUUCACAUUCAUCGUCGGCUUCUAGUAAGGGUGCGCCGAACUCCGGUAAAACCCCCUCGCACACGCCUCAGACGCAAGAUAAGAAGAAGCCCUCGCCAAACCGUCGCGGUUCGUCUACCGGCGAGACGGGCAACGGCAGCAAGUCCAACACUCCUACACCAUCGCCCCAACACAGCACGGAUACACAGGGGCAGAAAGAAAUCGGCGGAAAGAGUAAAACUAGCACACCGGCACCGUCUCCUCAGCGAACUCCAGAGCCUGUGCAAGAACAGACCAAAGCCUCUGGAAGCACCACACCGGGCGGCACCAAAGUGCCGGCGCCCGCCGCGUCGCCCAACGCGAAGCCGAUGGAACCGGUCGGCGUCAUCAGCUCCGUCGCGUCCGCCACCGCCACCGCCACCGCCGGCACCGUGUCCACGAUCACCCCGCCGCCCACCAGCGCAUCGUCAGCGACGUCGGUUGUGCAAGUGGCGACGUCGAAGCCGACCUGUUACCCGGAGUCGGUGAUAACCAACACGGACGCGGUCGAGACCAAACAGACCAAGAAGCGCAAAGCCAUGUCGGCGGCCAACACGCCGACACCGACCGACUACACGCCGACACCGCCGCCGCAAAUCGCACCGCCGCCGUCAGCUGUGGAGAAGGAGCCAAGCACAAGUGCCACGCUGAUCCACCAAUGCGAUGAUCGUAUAUCGUCCGCUACUCCACCACUAUCCGAGACUAGCACACAAAACUCAAGCGGCUCUUGGGACAGCGGGCACACAGCAAACGAGCCGCACGUGGAUAUGGAGAAAGUUAUCAAAAAGGCUAAAAUGGAGGGUCCGGACGCAAUACCGGCUCCGAUGCACUUCUCAAGUAUCAAUCAGGGGCCGCCCCCGCCCGCUCACAGCCCGGCGUCGCAGCCCAGCCCUAGACAUCUACCGAGCCCCAUGCCGGGACCGAGCGGAAUGAACCAAAUGACAAACAUACGUUCGCCAUCUCAUAUGCAGGGCGCGAAGGACCGCGACGUGCCCGCUUCGCUACUUGUGUCGGUGCCUCUGCCGUCGACCAGCCACGGCCUGCACUUCACACACCAUCCCCAGAUGGCUGGACCAUCUGAUAUGGGCCCCGGUCCUUCGAUGAUGUACCAUCAAGCACAGAAACAAGCCGCGAUGGAGCAGAAUGUCCCCGGCCACUCCCCACUCAUGCCCGGCAGGAGCACCUGGCCGGGCCUGAACGUCGCCUAUGAAAUGCAAGAUCCGAGCAAAUCUGGCAUACCGGUAACUGGCAAGGACCCGAUGGGCACGAAUCUGAGCCAAAUGCCUGCCGUACAUCGCAACAAGAAGAGGGCAAUCGCUCACACCGCCACGUCGGUGGUGGCUAUGUCGAACCCACCACCGCAAACUACUUUGCAAGCGGCAGUGCAAAACCUGGCAAAUGUACGCAGGCCUCCGCUGCCGACGCCGCCUCCCAUGUACCAUGAACCUAACAUUAAAGAGUCGCCACCAAGUUCUCCAGGAUUAGAUCGUCCACUGAAACCAAAGUUUGAGAAUAAAAUGAGCGGCAGUUGCAGUGCGCCGCACAUGCUGGGCAACGAGCUGAACCCGGAGAGCGGCGCGGCGGCGCGGCUGCAGGAGCAGCUGAGCGCGGAGCUGGCGGCGCACGCGGCCGGCACCGGCGGGCCCGAGCCGCUCGUGCCGCCGCCGCUCAUCAACAAGGCCGCCCCGAUGGCCGGUUCGAGCUCGGGUCGCAGCGGGUCGAGCGCCCAGAGCCUCGACCAGCUGCUGGAGCGGCAGUGGGAACAGGGCUCGCAGUUCCUCAUGGAGCAGGCGCAGCACUUCGACAUUGCCUCGUUGCUGUCCUGUCUGCACCAACUCCGAACAGAGAAUGUACGUUUAGAAGAACAUGUUGGCAAUUUGCUUCAGCGACGUGACCACUUAUUGGCUGUCAAUGCCCGUCUUGCAAUACCGCUCACCGCCGUGACCCCAGGGCCUCCGGAGCCCCCUCGAUGCCCUCGUGAGGGCACUUCGCAAGUUAGGCCUCCGCCUCCGCCGCCAGUGAGAGCACCUGAAAGCAUGAACGCGGAACGUCAACACCAGUCGCUUGCCAUGGAGCAACUAAACCGUUACUUUUGAGCGCGUGAUAAGUAAUGAAGACUUAUUUGACCGUAGCUGAUAAUGCGCGAGGUACAGCAAAAGCCGCCCAGCUGAAAUGAGCCGGGCGGCGGCGGCGUCGAGCCGCCAGCCGGGCCCAGCCGACCGGACCCGCUGCGGACCGUGCAGGCCUUCAUCAACUCGGAGCAGCAGCAGCGGCGCAGGCCCGACUUCUCCAUCGAGUCCAUACUCAAGUACGACUAGGCGCGCUAUCCCUGCGCGCCCGCCGGACGGGACUCGCCUGCGACCGACUGUGUGCGCCAUACCCACUUCGCGUAGCCCAAUUUUAGAUUAGAAUGCACCUAACUGUGUUUGUAAAUAACGCGUAAUGGACGAGGCGUGGAUUAAUGAAUUAAGACUGAGAGUUUAACUGAAACAGGGUCUAAAUUAAUGAAUUUAGACUUUCCGUGAGCGCGGGUUUUCGUGCGCUGGAUUUUAGUCAGAGCAUGGCGACUGGCACAUUUGAUUGCAGUUACGGACGUACGAUGGUUAUAGUUUACAAUCUAUGUACAAAGCCUAUCCGCUUUUGAACGUAAAGACGUUUCGACCGAACUGGAUACAUUAUUGUUGAAUUAGUUUGAUGUUCUGUGCAAAUAUAACCGAUAGAGAAUGUGAACGUACUGUUCCAUAUUAAUGGACUAUUGUAUCAUCAUAAAUGUCUGUAUUUUACCUUAACAUUAGAUAAAUGUUUCAAUGAAAUCUUGGUGUUUAGUAUAAAUAAGUUGUGACAUUUGGUUUCCGUGAUUUUUUUUCGUUUAAAUUAUAACGAGUUAUUUUCAUAUAUCUGUAAUCGAUUUAUUAUAUCAAUUCUGACAUAUGUAUUGACUUGACAACUUGAGUUAUUUUUUCUUUCUGACGAUAUAAACUUAGGACAAAUGUAUUACACGUGAAACAUAAUUUUUAACUUGGUGUUUUGGUGUCUAGUAAAUAAAUCGGAUAAUACAUAUUUUAUUGUGUGACAUAUACCGAUAUACAAUGAACCAUUUAAGUGUUAUAGUGUGCGUAACGCUGUCUAAGAGUUUCCUUUCAUUUAGCUAUUUCCAAAAAUAAUAGAUGGUUAUAUUGUAAAUGUAAGAUGUUAAGGUAUAUGGAUGUUAUAUUACUUAUAUAUUAUAUACAGAUUAGCCCUUUAAUCGUCCGAUUAAAUAUAUUUGAAUCCAUGUCUAUUUAUGUCUGUACCAUCAACGUAACAUAAGGUGUGUAAUUCAAUAUUUUUGUAUAGAAAUAAAUAUCAAUGUUACACUUAGCAAUUAUUGAUUAGGAAUAUUAUGGUCGUUGUGUUUUAAAAUUACUGGGUGUAAAUAGUAUGUUAGUAUAAGGGUAGAUAGAAACAACUCAAUGUAACAGCUACUUGCCCCAUGGGUAUUUGGAUUUUUACGAUCCCUUAGAUUGUGUAUGUAUAGAAAAAUUAAAGUCUUUAUAUGUCUUAUUACGUUAUCCGUAACUUUAUUUUGUGAACAUUGAGAGUCAAUUGAUAUUUUAACGAUCGCAUUCUCAUUUUUCCGAUAUAUGUUUUUUUAUUCUGACUAAAAUUAGUGAUAUAAAUUAUCUUUAUAAACAUAUCAAGUCUGAUUAUCCUGCCAAUAUAUAUUUGACAGGUCAGAAGAGUCUUUUCAAUCAUUUGCAUUCCUAUUUGGUUGAAAUGACUUCGACCAAUUAAUUCGCACACGCACUCUUAAUUGAUUAUAAUACAAUACCAAAUGGAAUCCAAAAAUAUGUGUUAUGCAUGCAAAAGGUUUCUAUAAAAUUUAAAAAGGGACAAGAUGAAAACGGAGAAUUGCGAUCGAUUUAAUAUUAUUGGCCCUUGGAAUGCGCCGGCGCAUCUGUAUGCUCAUAUACAUGAUUCUUUUUCAUUUUCUUUUAUUGUCACAUCUGAUAAGCUCUGUGGGAAUUACGCUGGAAUUUAAAUUUUUGUAUCUUGAAAUGAACGUUCGCAUUCUAGCUUUUACUAAAAUCCGUCCGCUUUCUCUUUGUUCAUUUUAUUUUGACCACAAAUCGAAAAUCAGUUUUAUAUUUGCUGUUCACCCGUUCGUUAUAUUUAUAUGUAGGGUAAUUCCUAAGUCACAAAGUGUAGUUGCUUUCUUAUGGUGAAAAAAUUUUCAAAAACGAUUUUUGUGUGAAAACAUUAUAAACAUAGUUGCGUACAAAUCUUUUUCCUUUAUAAUAUUACUAUUUACUAUAGAUUUUUUUUAUAUUAAUCAUGCAUGUACAUUUCCCACAGAGUCCUUAUAAAUUGUGAUUUAUAUACAAUUAUACAUAUAGUAUAUUCAUAUAUAAUUGACUUUUAUGACAAUAUUCUUUUUUAAAGUUAUCAAUCAAAAUUAUCGCAUGUGUAUCUCUUAAAUGACUUCAUAUUGUAGCUAUUGAGAUCUGUUGUAAAAGGCCUGAAUUAUUGUACGUAUUUGAAAAAUACUAAAAUAAUGCAAGAAAUAACUAAAAUGUGACCUUUAUAUGAAUAAUCUUGAAAAUUAUAAAAUGCGUCUAAUGAAAUUAUCAAGGUAGAGAGAAUAACAGUUUCAAACUAAAUAACAGUAAGAAAAACCAAUUUUUUAUUUUUAAUUGGUACAUUUUACUAUUUCUAUAUGUUGUUAUUGGAAAAUUAUAAAAUCUUAUUUAUACAACAAACAAAAAAUGUUACUUAUUGGUAACGCAUGCAUUAUUUGUAUCGCAUGUAUUGGUAACGCAUCCAAUUUCUUUGCACAGGUUUACACAGGUCCCAAUCUAUAUACUUUUAUUUUUAUAUUUUCAUCUAAGAGACGUAGUUUUUAUCGAGCUUGCACAAAUAUAUUUUUGUAAAUACUUAUGAAAAUUUUCAUUGCAUUUACUGUUAACAACGACCAGCUGGAGUGCAUUUAACUGGUAUUCUCUUGUAAAUAUGACUAUUGAAAUGUAUUUAAUUUGGAAAUAAAUAAAUUGUUCCGAUAGCAACUAAAUGUUACAUUAUCCUCAAAUAUUUGAAUGUAUUUUUUAAUAUCUUAAUAUUGUACAGCUUGAACACGGACAAAAAAAAAGGAUGUCUUUAAAUUUUUUAUGUCUAUGCACUCGGCUGGUUUAAAUAUAGAUAAAUAAUUUGUCAAUUGUCAAAAUAUGUACCUUAAUCCGUAAAUAAAGAAAUUCAAUAAAG